AUGAGCGGUGCCAACGGGCCCUACAACCACAACGGAGACGGCGCAGAAGGACACCUCAUGGGCGACCAAUACGGUGACAUCCCGCCGAUUUCCUCCCAACACCGAAUGGCCGGAUACGGCGGCCGGCUUCAAAGCGAGCGAGGUCUCAACUCAGUACCGGAAAACGGCCAAGACUGGCGACCGGGGCUCGCGCACACGCAGUCGAUGCGCACUUCCUCAACAGCGACACCGGGGAUGGAUAACUUAGGGCCAGCGGCCGUAGGCGGCGGUAUUAACGCACCGGGCGGCUAUAUCCCCGCAGAACGUGGCUAUCAUACAACUGGCGCGGACAACCCAUACGUGCCCGCGCCGCCGAGUGUUGGGCCUGGUGGAAGCUCGGAGGGCCUGCGUUCCCAGGAAACCUUCGGUUCGAAUGCCGCGCUAGGGGCUGCUGCGGCGCCUGUCGGAAAUUGGACGCCACCGAAUGCUUCCCAGCGGAGUUUCUUUGAGCCGACUGCUUACCAGGGUGGGCCUGGGUCCACGAGCGGAGGGCCGUAUCAGCGAAAUUCCGCAUACAGUGCCCACGAUUACCCGAUCAACCCAGAUGAUAUCCUUGAUGAUGGUGAUGACGGAUUCACUUCCGGUCCAUCGAGGAACAAUGGCGCUGCUGCUGCAGGCGCUGGAGGCGCGGCCGGGGGUAUACUCGGUGGGUUCUUUGGUGCCAAAAAGGCGGCUGAUGUUUCCUACGGCCCCGUUCCCGGCGCGGGAGGAGGUAUUGGGGCGAUUGAGAAGGGAGGUUCGUAUGCUAAGCCCAGGCCUUCCGGCGGCAGUCGGAAACGUGGAUGGAUCAUUGGAAUCAUUCUGGCCAUCAUCGUGGUAGGAGCCAUCGUUGGCGGCGCUGUGGGCGGCACAAUUGGCAACCGUAGCAACAGCACCUCAGAAAGCAGUUCAGGAUCUUCGUCGUCGACCGAUUCCGCCGAAGACGACCAACAGUCAAAUGGUGACCUCGAUAAGAAUUCCGACGAGAUCAAGGCUUUAAUGAGCAUGGAAGGGUUACACAAGGUGUUCCCCGGAAUUGACUACACGCCCUGGGGCGUGCAGCAUCCGGAGUGUGACAAAUGGCCACCGUCUCAGAACAACGUUACUCGGGACAUGGCCGUUCUAUCGCAGCUCACAAACACCGUCCGGUUGUACGGAACGGACUGCAACCAGACCGAAAUGGUUCUCCACGCCAUUGACCGACUCGAGCUGACAGACAUGAAACUCUGGCUCGGCGUCUGGAUUGACACCAACCUGACGACCAACGACCGCCAGCUCUCGCAGCUCUACGAUAUCCUCGACAACAGAAAAGACCACUCCGUCUUCAAGGGCGCCAUCAUCGGAAACGAGGCGCUCUACCGCGCAGGCGACACCAAAGAGCACGCCCGGCAGAACAUCACACGCUACAUGCGCGAGGUGCGCCAGCACUUUGAGGACCACGACAUCAACAUCAAGGUUGCGACCUCGGAUCUUGGCGACAACUGGGACUCAACGCUGACGGCUGCCACCGACGUCGUCAUGUCGAACGUCCACCCCUUCUUUGGAGGCGUGGAGGUCGAAGACGCUGCAGCUUGGACCUGGAGUUUCUGGAAUAACCACAAUGCGCCGUUGACCAAGGGCACGAACAAAGGGAACAUCAUCGCCGAAGUGGGGUGGCCCUCUGGUGGUGGAAACGAUUGCGGACAGGGCGCCAAUUGUCCUGAUGAGACAUCUGGCGCUGUGGCUAGUGUUGAAAAUAUGAAUAUCUUCAUGGCCGACUGGGUGUGCCAGGCUUUGAAGAACGGGACGGAUUAUUUCUGGUUCGAGGCAUUCGACGAACCGUGGAAAGCACGGUACAACGAAGGCAAGAUGCAAUGGGAAGACAAAUGGGGCCUCAUGGACCCAGGCCGCAACCUAAAGCCCGGAAUCAAAAUCCCUGACUGCGACGGCCAAACGGCAGCAUAG